CCGCCGCCCCGCUACUGCAGCUGGAAGCAAAACACAGCAGCAGGCAGCUAGCAAGCGAGCUGCGGACCCCCCGUUAUAUUAAUCAUUAUUUAGGCUUUUAAUCGCUACAGCUGAAUUACCGCAGCUGCGAUGGCGGCAGUUGGAGUCCCGGGAACCCGGGUCCCAGAAUGUGUGACCAAGGUGUCACUGAGCAUCUCUUGCGAGAAUCUGCUCGACAUGGAUGCGUUCUCAAAGUCCGACCCUCUGUGUGUGCUUUUCAUGAACACCUCAGGAAACCACUGGUUUGAGAUUGGCCGAACAGAGAAAAUCGAGAACUGCCUCAAUCCCAAGUUUGCCAAGUCUCUUGUCCUUGACUACUACUUUGAGAUGGUGCAGAAGCUGAGGUUUGAAGUGCAUGAUAUUGACAGCGAAAACUGCAGUCUGCAGGAGUCUGACUUCCUGGGACAACUGGAGUGUACUCUGGGACAGAUUGUGUCCUCGAGAAGACUAACAAAACCACUUGUUAAGAAGGACAAGACACCUGCAGGAAGGGGAACCAUUACUAUAUGCGCAGAAGAAAUGACAGACAACAGAGUGGUGGCGUUUGAAGUCGCAGCAAGAAAGCUAGACAAAAAGGAUUUUUUUGGCAAAUCCGACCCUUUCCUGGAAUUCUUCAAGCAGACAGAAACUGGAUGGCAGCUGGCUCACAGGACAGAGGUGGUGAAAAACAACCUAAACCCAAUGUGGAGACCGUUCCGAAUCCCGAUGCAGUCACUUUGUGCAGGCGAUGUCGAGAAACCUAUAAAGAUUGACUGUUACGACCACAACAUGAGUGGAGAUCACGACUUCAUUGGAACAUUUCAGACCUCGCUCAGUCAAAUCCAGCAGGCAUCACAAACAUUUGCGGCAGAAUUUGAAUGCAUCACAGCAAAAAAGAAACAAAAGAAGAAAGGAUAUAAAAACUCUGGUGUCAUCAUCAUAAAACAGUGCAAGACAGUGAGGGAGUACACGUUUCUGGAUUACAUAAUGGGAGGCUGUCAGAUUAACUUCACUAUUGCGAUCGAUUUCACAGGCUCCAAUGGGGAUCCCAAAUUCCCUCAGUCACUCCACUACAUCAACCCUCAGGGCUACAAUGAGUAUCUGGCAGCCAUCUGGGCAGUUGGUAAUGUAAUUCAGGACUAUGACAGUGAUAAGAUGUUUCCUGCUUUUGGUUUUGGAGCACAGAUCCCUCCCACAUGGCAGGUCAGCCACGAGUUUCCCAUCAACUUCAACCCAUCAAAUCCAUUUUGUGCAGGUGUAGAGGGUGUGGUCUCUGCCUACCAGCAGUGUCUGCCCCAGGUGAAGCUUUACGGCCCCACAAACUUUUCCCCAAUCAUCAACCACGUCGCUCGUUUUGGAAAACAGGCCCUGGAGCAGCAAACUGCCUCCCAAUACUUUGUUCUGCUGAUUAUCACUGACGGAGUGAUCACAGACAUGGACGAGACGCGCAACGCCAUCGUCAGCGCCUCUCGGCUGCCCAUGUCUAUCAUAAUUGUCGGGGUCGGGGGGGCGGACUUCAGCGCCAUGGAGUUCCUGGAUGGAGACGACGGAGCUUUGCGUUCGACCACAGGAGAAGCCGCCAUGCGGGACAUCGUGCAGUUUGUGCCUUUCAGACAGUUCCAAAAUUGUCCUCAAGAAGUACUGGCUCAGAGCGUCCUGGCAGAAAUCCCAGGUCAGGUGUCGAGCUUCUUCAACACCAUGAAUUUGAAGCCACCCCACAGCGACACACCCACUUCUGACCUCACAGCUUCUGCGCCCCCCCUCAGUGAUGAAUUCUGAAAACUAUUUUACCUUCUUAAUGUCUUAUCUCCAAAUGUCCAGUCAUUCAUCAUCUGGAUUUUUUUUCAUUCUGUCCGUAUUAGCAUGUGGCUGAUAAUGACUUAUAAACUCUAUAAAGCACUUACAGCAGGGAUCCUCACAUCCAGAUCUCGAGGUCCGGUGUCCUGCAGGCUUUAGAUGUGUCCCCGAUCCAACACACCUGAAUCAAAAGGCUGAAUUAUGUCCUCAGUAUGCAGUCAAGUUUUCCAGAGUCCUACUAAUGACUUCUAUAUUUGACUCUAUAUUUGAUUCUAUAUUUGGUGUGUUGAAGCAGAGACACAUCUAAAACCUGCAGGACACCGGCCCUUGAGGCCUGGAUGUGAGGAUCCCUGAGCUACAGUGUAAAGCCAUACUUCUCUGACAUCAUCAGGUGUUUCCUAACAUGCUAAUAUCUGGAAAUGUAUGUGAUUCAAGUGCCAGAUUUAAAUGUUGUUUUUAAUUUAAUGAACUUGAUUAAAGAAUUCAUUGUAACUUUAUUGUAUUGGGUGAAUUGAGCCAGUCAGAGAUGACAGGGCUGGAGUGCUAAACUGAGUUUGUCAAGUUUGUUCUUAUCUGCUACUUUUUAUAUUACAGCCAUCUCUUUUUUGUUUGUUUGUUUUCACUAUUCCGUGUUCUGGAAGAUAUUCAUUUAUUUUUAAAAAAUUCCCAAUACAUUUCAGAUGUGCUGCAGGAAUGUUUACAGAAAUAAUCCAUACAUAAUGGCUCUUUUGUUGAAAUUAAUAACUUUUGUAGAUUUGACACUACAAAAACCUGUUUGUUGUUAUUUUUUUCUUCUUUUUUUUUUUUACAAAGUCAUAUGAUUUUGAUUUGACACACCAUGGGUGCUUCUGUGUCUUAAAAAUGGAGAAUCCCUGAAGUGAUUCAUUAUUUGAUCAUUUGAUUCAUUAUUUGAUAAAAGAUUUUUUACACAAUACACAUCAGAAGUUUAUUUUGUCUUAAGAGAAAGUAGUGAAAAUCUAAGUUUACUGAUUAUUAGAUAACCGGAUACAUUAGGUGUGUAAAUUCAUUGUUGAUUUCAAGUUGUUUACACUAAUCACUAUGGCGUUGCCUUAUGUACUACACUUGUCUUUGUCAUGAUGUUAAUUUUGUCAGUAUUUUACUUCUAUACGAUACUCCAUGGAAGGAAAAAUAUAUCUUAACUGGCACGCUGGCCAGCUUUUCUAAAUGCAAGAUUAUCAAAUAUAUUUGUGGGGUUUUUUUUACGUUCAUCAUACUGCUUUCUUGUCAUGGUAAACAAAUACUCCCACAGUCACUUUUGCAUGUUAUUAUUUGUGUGUGUGUGUGUGUGUUAUCCACUCUGAUGACUAUUUCCCAGAUUUACAGAUGAGACACAUUUGGACGGACAUCAUCUGAAGAGGCGCAGCUAUAGCAAAAACUCUUCAUUGUCAGUUUUGGUAUAAACCUAUGAAAAAAAAAGAAAAUCAGUGAAAUAUUUGGUGUUCUGUUUUCUAUUCUAAAUUACUCCUUACUACUUUUCUGUUUAAACUUGUUUUUUGCAGGUAAUAAAAUAUUGGU